AUGGAGAGAGCAGGGGACAUACGUAUUUGUUUGUAUCACCACAAAAUGUAUCAAGGAAAAUCAAUUCUCGCUUCAAAAGGGACACCCCCUUUGAUGAAAAAAUGGACAUAUUACUUUUUCAAUUUCUGGGAAUGUCGUUUUUACCUAUGGUCUCAGCUGGGACGGAUCUGUAUAAACCAAUUAUAUAAUAAUUCCCUAUCUCUUCUGGGAUAUAUAUCAAGUGCGGGACUAAACCCUUCAAUGGUCCGCAGUCAAAUGUUAGAAAAUGCAUUUAUAAUUGAUAAUCCUAUUAAAAAGUUCGAUACUCUUGUUCCAAUUGUUCCUCUGAUUGGAUCAUUGGCUAAGGCGAGAUUUUGUAACGUAUUGGGGCACCCUAUUAGUAAGGCGGUUUGGACUGAUUUAUCAGGUUCUGAUAUUAUUGUCCGAUUUGGGCGUAUAUGCAGAAAUAUUUCUCAUUUUUUUAGUGGAUCCUCACAAAAAAAGAGUUUGUAUCGAAUAAAGUAUAUACUUCGGCUAUCUUGUGCUAGAACUUUGGCUCGUAAACAUAAAAGUACUGUACGUGCUUUUUUGAAAAGAUCGGGCUCGGGGUUAUUGGAAGAAUUCUUUACGGCGGAAGAGCAAGUCCUUUGUUUGAUCUUUCCAAGAGCUUCUUCCACUUCACAUAGGUUAUAUAGAAGGCGUAUUUGGUAUUUGGAUAUUAUUUGUAUCAAUGAUUUGGCCAGUGUUCCUAUAAAAAUGGGAAAUGCCCUACCUUUGAGUGCGGUUUGA